GAAUAGCAAUCGACCUAUUUCAUUUUUAAUCGCGGAAAAAUCUAUGAAACGCAAAUAUAUUGGCUCUAUUGCUCGUGCUCUUCAUGCAAAUUUAGCCAAACCCGGAAAAGGAAAAAUUUAUUUAAAUGACCGUAAAACUGAACCUCUUAUUAUUAGUGGUAUCGAUACGAAAUUUACUGAACAAUUGAAAAUAGGUGGUCAAAUUUCUUUACCAAAUGAUC